AUGGGAUCUCUUAAGGCACUUCAUCUCCUGAUCGGUGCUGUGGUUAUCACUAUCAUUCCAAUAUUGAUAUUAUAUAUUAAGCUAAGUAACGAUGUGGAUAUCUAUCAGUCACAAAGAUCAAAUUUCCCUGCAUACUCUGAGAAUAUCUUUCCUCAUUCUUCCUUUGAAAAUAUGCAUGAGUGCGCAUCUUUUGGUGAAGAUGUGAAUUCCACCCAUCCUAAUUGUUAUACGAAGUUUCGAUGGAUGUUGGAACAUUGGCGUAGUCAUUCAUGCUAUGAGGAGUACGGUGUAGACGGAUCGGCGUGUUCAGUUCGAUCUUACCUCUCCACUAUCGAAGACCAUUGUCCCCCUUUACCGGGAUAUAAACCAAGAAGCAGUUUAUAUGCUGAAAGCAUCGAAGACUUGUCUUUUCUUUUCAAUAAUUUAACUGAUAAUCCUUUAAAUUAUGAGUUCAUCAAAGAACGGGUGACACGUUUAUGGUCUCUUUGGCAUGAUGGUUAUCAGCGCUCAUUAAAAAAACAUCCAAAAGUAUAUCAUAACAGAAAGAGGAAAAAUAUUAUUUUGCACAUGGGAUUUUUGAUGACUGAUAAAAAGCUCCACUUCGGUGAAAAAUCUCGUAAAGGAGGUCCAUUGGGCGAACUAGUGCAGUGGUCAGAUCUAAUCGCUUCCUUAUUUGUACUGGGUCACAGGCUUUAUGUUUCAACUGAGAAAAUCACAUUAUUCAAACAUUUGGACGCUUUCUUACAACAACCCCCUUGUCCAACAUCUAUGGGCAAAGUAGAUCUCAUUAUAACGGAUAUAAUUGGAUUAAGAUCUUUUGUAUCUAAGCAUAAGCAAUUCAUUCGGGAACAUUCGUGUAAAAUAAGACUGAUAGACAGCUUCGGCACGCAUGUUGAGUUCAAUACCAAAUCCUAUUUUUCGCAACACCGAAAGGAACUAGGUGGCGGUAUGAAUCCUUGGGGUGGACAUGGCUUCAAAUUGAAACAAUACUGGACAUUCUUUCCUCACACGCCUGACAACUCUUUUCUCGGUUUUGUCGUCGAGACCAGAGAUGUUAAGCCAUUGUUUGAUAGGAAAAGUAGGAAUUCAGUUUUGAUUUAUGGAAAAGAGAAGUACAUGUGGGCAGGGAUCAAUACCACUUUGGACGUUUUGAAAAAUCUUACUGAGGUGCAUGCAACAGUUGCUGAUCUGACGAACCUUCAGCCUAAUGAAACGAGUACUUUUGCGGAUGUUGUUAAUCACGGUUUCCUGUUCACUGACGAAUUGCAUUCUCUAUUGAAAUCUGUCAAAAUAUUUGUCGGCAUGGGAUUUCCUUACGAGGGACCGGCGCCUCUUGAAGCUAUUGCUAAUGGAGCUGUGUUCAUCAAUCCUAGUUUCGACCCUCCGAAAUCGCGACACAACACGAAGUUUUUCGCUGAUAAGCCUACAUCGAGAGAAUGGACCAGUCAGUGCCCAUAUUUGGAAACCGUAGGACCACCUCAUGCUUAUACAGUUGACAUUCGAAAUCCCAAAGAGCUCGAAAAAACUAUUCAGCAGGCUUUACGAAAAGAGCCUAAACCCUUCAUCACUGAAGAGUUCACAACAGAAGGUAUGUUGUUAAGAGUGACCUUGCUAGUGGAUAAGGAAGAUCUAUGUACUACCCAAAGUCAUUACCCUCCCAAAGAAGCACUUCAAAUUCGAGUUGGCAAACCAGGUGAGUCAUGUGAGAAAGCCUGUUCAUCUCACAAUCUGACGUGUGAACCGAUGUUUUUCCAUCUCGUUAACAAACAAGAAGUUCUUAAAGCAAAGAAUGAUUGUUUCGAAGCAGAGGCCGUUUCAUCUAAUGUAUUAGCUCCUUUUGAUUGUACACUUCAAAACUCUUCGGAUAUGUUCAGCUGUGCUAGUAGUUCUAAAAAUCCUGUUCAACGAAUUUGCCCAUGUCGCGACUACUUGCCGCAGCAAUCAUCAGUUUGCAAACUUUGUGUUUAA